AUGUACAUCGACACUCCUGAUAGACUUACUGGUUACCUAAUGGAGUAUAACAAUACUCACGUUAUGGUAUUCAAUUCAAAAGACCGACUUUUAAAACGAGGUCUAAUUACUCACGACACAAGUUUACCUUUGGAACUUGCAGCUCGUUAUCACUUCUACCAUUUCAAACCGCCCAAAAGAGUCGAACUACCGAACACAGCACAUUUCCAGUGUUUUGCAGCAGGGCGUCCAAACCGAAGAGUGUUCGCCCGGUCAUGGGCGGUUAGUCCGGGGGAGGAUCUUCCAGUGGAGGUCCGUGAGAAGUACAAAGGAAAAGUGUGGGCUCCUUACCUAGGACUGCUCAACGACACAGAUGGAAUGUUCGAAAGGAGAUUCGGAAAAGGUGGAAGGGGCUCGAUCCGGGUACUCUAUGUCAACCGCCCUGAUGAAGUAUUUGAGCUCGAUCACGUCGACAACGUUGAAUACGAUUUCUGGGCGCCUGACCGACCAGCGCCAUGGAACCAUCCCACCGUCUCUAUGUAUUACGAUGAGUUUCCAAGUCGUGAAAUUAAAGUUCACAAUAGCGCAUGUGCGCGAUUCGCCCUUUGCGUCCGGGACGUGGUAGACAACGUGGUCUACGAUGAGAAAAGACAUGGCUCCACCAAGACAUGUUCCCUAUUGGUCAGCUCACCAUAUGGAGUGAUUCGGAGUCUCUAUCGUGUAGAGAUGGGAUGCUGGUACCAGCACGCAAUAAGAAGUGCCCAGCGUAGCAGGAAGCUGCUCAUUGAGAAUCCGGGUUCUACACUUUACACAAAGUUCACAGCGUCUGACGUUGUGCCAAUCGAAGCACCGCUACCCACUGAAGUCGUGGAUGAUGGACAUGAUGUGGAGGUCACUACGAAGUUCGUCUUUGAACAUGAUCACUUCGAAAAAGAAUGGAGUCGUGGACUCAGUGAUUGGGAGGAAAGGAUGGAAGGAGUACAAACUAAUGUUUUCUUUUAUAAUGUCUACUUGGGAAAAGUGAGAAUUCCCAGUGACUUGGUUAUUGUUAUCAUAAAGCUCGUGGAGAACCUGCGAAUGGAUUGUUAUGAAAGAAUGAAGACGGACCCGAUCAGCGUAAUUGUCAAGGUUCGCCAACUGAAAAACUUCGUGGAGAUGUGCAUGAAGCAUCCGGACAACGAGCUCUAUGUUGUUCAAUCGAUAGUGGACGUAGAGUAUGUGGAGUGA